AUGGCCUUUGAGGGCCGAUUGCAGAGUCUCAAGUUUGGUGAGCACUUCAACCAGAGUUUGGAAGGAAUGACAUUGCCGGGCACCUUACUGAGUCUCACUUUCGGCACUGACUUCAAUCAGCCUUUGGAGCGAGUGACAUGGCCCCGCCGUCUGCAGAGCUUGACCUUUGGGGACCACUUUAACCAACGCCUAGACCGAGUGGUGUGGCCAGAGAGUCUCGAGAUUCUCACCUUUGGCAAGUAUUUCAGCCGAAGUUAUCAGAGUCUGAAGAGAAUCGCAUUACCCAGACGGCUCCAGCGCUUGACGCUCGGCAGUGCCUUCAACGAAAGCUUGGACGAAGUGAUUUGGACCAGUACCUUGCAGAGUUUGACUUUCGGCGAUGACUUUAACCAAUGCAUUCAGAAAGUGAUUUGGCCGGAGGGCCUUUGCGAACUGACCUUUGGCAAGAACUUCAACCAGAGCUUGGAAGGAGUGACUUGGCCUACGAACCUUCAAUGCUUGACCUUCGGUCUUUGCUUCAAUCAGAAUUUGGCGAACGUUGUUUGGCCUGAUGGCUUGCAGACUUUGUCGUUUGGCAAUUGCUCCACUUGCUUGAACACCUUGAAAUUGCCGAGCCUCAAAAGCUUACGUCAUAGAGGUCUCCUGUUGAGUGCUUUUUGA